AUUAAUGAAAUUGACAUGUUCCAGAUUGGAAGAUCAUCAGAAUGUCCAAUUGAUUUUGUGGUGAUGGAUACAAUUCCUGGUGAUAAAGCUGGAGACUGUAAAGUUACACAAAGCACAAUUUCAAGGUUCGCUUGCCGAUUCCUUGUAGAACGAAAUGGAACACACACAGCAAGUGUUUAUGCUGCUGGCUUUGAUUCUUCCAGGAACAUAUUUUUGGGGGAGAAGGCUACUAAAUGGCAGCACAACGGUGAAAUUGAUGGGCUCACUACAAAUGGAAUCCUAAUUUUACAUCCACGUGGAUCGUUCUGUGGCGGAUCCUUGCCUGGCGUAUGGAGAGAAAUCUCAGUUGGAGGGGGAGUGUACGCUCUGCGAGAAUCCCGCUCCACGCCACAGAAAGGGACAAAAAUUGAAGAUGAAACUAAUGAAUUACAAGAUGGAACGUUAAUUGAUCUUUGUGGAGCAACAUUGUUAUGGCGUUCUUCAGAUGGAUUAAAUAACUCUCCUACUAGAAAACAUCUGGAGGAAAUGAUUGAUGAGCUUAAUGCUGGUAGACCUCAGUGUCCAGUAGGGUUAAACACACUGGUCAUUCCUCGCAAAUCCACCAUAUCAUAUAAUGAGAAACAGCCGUACGUGUACCUGAUAUGUGGCCACGUACAAGGGCUUCAUGACUGGGGGCAGGACAAGAACUCUGAUGGCAGAACUUGUCCAAUGUGUUUAAAAGUUGGACCUAUUGUUAAACUUUGUAUGGGUAUUGAACCUGCCUUCUAUGUGGACAGUGGUCCUCCAACAUUUGCCUUUAAUCCAUGUGGACAUAUGGCAUCAGAACAAACUGUUAAGUAA